GAAACCGUUUAGUCGUUAAUCGUACAGCAAGCGCAUCAGGAUGAAGUACAGCUCGGCGAGUGUGAAGGUGGCAGCACUGUUGCUGCUGGGCGCGAUUGUCAUUGCGUCGGGCAAAUCGGUCGACAAGGUGCGCCGUCCGUUCCCGGGAAUUGAACGGUUGGCCGCUCGCAGGGAGGGCAUCGUCCCACCGAAGGGUUACGUGUCGCAGAGCCCGCGCACGGUCGAGGGCCGUUUCACGUCGCGCGUGAACCACUUUGACCCACAGAACCGGGACACGUUCGAGUUUAACUAUCUGCACAAUGACCAGUAUUACCGUGAGGGGGGCCCACUGUUUGUCGUGAUCGGUGGACACUAUCCGAUCAAUCCGUACUUCAUGGAGAACAGCCAUUUCCGCGAUGUGGCCGCGAUGGAGGGAGCGUGGUUGGCGACGAACGAGCAUCGCUACUUCGGUGGUAGUAACCCUGUCCCGAACUACUCGACCGAGAACCUGCGCUUCAUGCGCACCGAGCAGGUCCUGUUCGAUCUGAUCGAAUGGAUCGAUUUCCUGCGCCGUGAAGUUAUGGGAGACCCGAACGCACGCGUCAUUCUGCACGGUGCCGGAUACGCGGGUACUCUCGCUUCCUGGGCCCGUCAGCGCUUCCCCAACAUCAUCGACGGUGCCUGGGCCUCCAGCGCUCCGGUACGUGCCACCACCAACUUCGAGGAGUUCGCUGUGGAAGUCGGCAACAUUAUCCGCGUGAAGGGUAGCGACCAGUGCUACAACCGCAUCUUCCAGGCUUUCCACACUGCCGAAAACCUGAUCGAUGCCGGCGUUACCGAAAUGGUGUCGGAGAUGUUCAACACCUGCGAGCCAGUCGACGCGGAGAACCAGUUCGAGGUUGAGGCCUUCUUCUUCGCCAUGAUGCUUUCGCUCGAGGCGGCCAUGGUGGAGGACUUUGACAUCGAUAACAUUGGUCGCGUGUGUGACGCCCUCACCGACGAUCAGUUCAACACCGGCCUGGAAGCUCUCUCUGCCUUCCUGACCGAACGGUACUCGGAGGCGCGCGAGUGCUUCGACCUGUCGCUCGAGAACUUUAUCCGCUAUCUGACCGAUGAAGAUGUGGAUGCGCCGGCCAACCUGGAGUAUGGACUGCGCCAGUCCGUCUACCACGAUUGUACCGAGUUCGGAUACUUCGAGACGACGUCCUCGCCGGAUCAGCCGUUCGGAUCGAAGGUGACGUACGAUCUGUUCCUGGCCGAGUGUCAGGCUGCGUUCGGCGAAUGGAUUACCGAGGAGGUCGUGUACGAAGGUGUCCGUCUGACCAACUUCCACUUCGGUGCUACGGAUCCGCGUGUCACCAACGUGCUGUACACGAACGGUGAGCUCGACCCAUUCCGCCAGGUGUCCAUCACCGAGUACACGAACCUGCUGGCAAAUGCGCGCGUCACGCCGCGUGCAUUCUUCGCCGAGGAUGUCAUCUCGAUCAGCGGCAUGGAUUCGGAGGAGCUGCUCGAAACGAAGCAAAUGGCCGAGCAGUACAUUACCACCUGGUUGGGAUCGCCGAUCAGCCCGUUCCGGAAGUAGACAGCUUUCGUUAAGCGUAAGGAAGGUGGUGCCCAGCCCAGCCAGGGGGGAGGCUUCCGUCUGGACACCAGCAAACAAAACAACAUGUACGCAUAAAACAAUAAAAAAAGCCCAUAAUAAUCUUAAAAAA